GGUUAAACUGCUUCUAAAUUUUAUUGGUGGUUUAGAGAGAUACGAGGGUUGAGAGGGAGAAGGUUAAGAAAGCAAUGCCUCUGGGAAAAUAUUACUGCGAUUACUGCGACAAACACUUUCAGGACACGCCAGCAGCUCGGAAGCGCCACCUCUCUGGUGUCCAACACCAGCGCAAUCGAGCCCUAUGGUUCGACUCUGUCAAAGAAACACAGGGAGGCAUUCUUCUUCAUCACGAUGGGAGUGUAGCUUUGGGAAUCUGCCACCAUUUUGUCCGCUUGGGAAGCUGUAAAUAUGGUGAUAGAUGCAAAUACUAUCAUCCUACUCAAAAUGAGACAAAUGCAAAUCAGAUUAUAACAGGAAAUGUGACUGUAGGUCACAUGGGAAUAUCAUGGGGUCACUUACCUCCAUCUUUGAGACCUCCUGAAGGUGGUUACCCUUCCCUCCCUUUUGUCGACUGGGGAUAACUCAUGCUGAGAACUCCAUAAUUGCCUCAAAAUUCCCCUAUAUAUCUACUUCUUGUAUGAGUUUCGCAUGUUCUUCAGCAUCCUCUGUGCAUGAUCUGCAAAAAGCAGAUAAAUUAAGCUUCGAGAAAAUUCCAGCUUAUUUGGGUAUUUGGUUACUGUUAAAUGAUUGCUUUGUAAUGUUAAAGCAAGGUUUGUAUCGUGAAAUUUUUUUGCCUAGUAGUCCUUAUGCUAAAGAUAAAUUUGAUUUGUUCACUAAAGCUGUUUAAUCAGCGAUUUGCACAAAUUUUCAUUUUUUUAUUUAUGCCCAUUUCUUGCUCUCAAUUUUGCAUUAUUGUAAAACGACGCGACUGUUUGAUUGAAGCUCUACUCUUCCCAGAAAAGCCUAAAAGCUGUGCCCAAUUAGAUUUCAUGUAAACAAACUGGUAAAAGAUGCA